AUGUCUGAAGACCGCGAGGAAUCCAGGCACUUGAUGCCCCAGACACCAAACGCAAAGGCCAAUUUUGACCUGGUCGACGAGCUCCUCCCGCCAGAUCACUUCGACCAUCGCCUGUCUGUCGAUAGCAAGCUUUCUGCUCAGGAUGCUUACAAGGGCCAUGAUGGCUUGGCAAGCCACGAUGCUCUCCAUCGCCUCUCCAUAGGAUCCUUUCAGCAUGGCAGGGCAUCACCAGGCCUCCCCCCGGGCCCCGGGGGAACACCUCUCCACUAUCCAGACCAGUCAUCACGAGCCUCCAGAAUCGUCACAGCCCUUCAGAAAACGAUGGAUGCCAACCGAGGCAUCUUCCUCGUCGCUCUCUCCCAACUGUUUGGCGCCCUCAUGAACCUGGCCGCCCGUUUACUGGAGCUGGAAGGCGAGGGCAUGCAUCCCUUCCAGGUCCUCUUCGCCCGCCAGAGCAUCACCAUGCUCUGUGCCUCGGGCUACAUGUUCUGGAAACGCACGCCCGACUUUCCCCUGGGCAACCCGGAGGUGCGGUGGCUCCUCAUCGCCCGUGGCGUUUCUGGCUUCUUCGGCAUCUACGGCAUGUGGUACUCCAUGAUGUAUCUGCCCCUCGCCGAGGCCACCGUCAUCACCUUCCUGGCACCCUCCAUCGCCGGCGUAGCCUGCUACCUCGCCUUCCGCGAACCCUUCACGCGCGUCGAGCAGUUUGGCACCCUCGUCGCCUUCCUCGGCGUCGUCCUCAUCGCCCACCCCACCUCCCUCUUCUCGUCCGCCUCCCCCGACGGAGGCGACGCCACCCGCCGCCGCGGCGACGCCCGCCGAGCGCCUCCGCGCCGUGGGCGUACCACGACUUAUAGAAUCCCUCAAGCCGCCGGCGCCUUCACGACGAUCCGCUGGAUCGGAAAGCGCACGCACCCGCUCAUCUCGGUCAACUACUUCGCCACCUGGUGCAAACUCAUCAGCGCCGUCGUGCUGACGGCGGCGCCGGCCCUCGACGUCGGCCAGCCGGCGCUGCGCUUCGCCCUGCCGCGGGGCCCCAAGCAGUGGGCGCUGCUGCUGUUCCUCGGCCUCAUGGGCUUCAUCAUGCAGUUCAUGCUCACCAAGGGCAUGAGCGUCGACCGCUCCAACAAGGCCAACGCCAUGGUCUUCACCCACAUGCUCUUCGCUGCCGGCUUUGACCGCUGGGUCUUUGGCCACUCGAUGGGCUGGAUGAGCCUUGCCGGCUGCGGCCUCAUCAUUGGCAGCGCCUUGUACAUGGUCAUCACGAAGGAGUCGGCGGCGCCGCCGCUGCCGAGGCGGGAGCGAGAUGUCGAGAUUGGCGGCGUUCGGGAUGCCGAGGGCGUGCCCAUGUUGAUGGAGGUCGACGAUGACGAUGACCUUGACGCGCUGGACGCUAGGAGGGUGAGGCUGGGGGGGUGA